CUUCCACAGCUAGAGGGAGACAGUGCUUUCUUGUGGGACGCCUUGGCUGCUCAGAGGACCAUCUUUGCCGACAUGUCCUUGUUUGUGCGUUUUAAUCAGCGGUUGGAAAAAUAACAGGUAGACUUGUCCGUCCGCCUCUCGCGCCCGUAUACACCCAGGAGGCAAGAGAGGCAAACAUAAAAUCACAAUAAACCAUUUGACGCUGCUGGUCGGCUCCUUUCCUGCGUGUGUUUUUUCUUCUUCUGGGCUGCCGACAGAAGAAGCAGUCCGCAGGGUACAACAGCCGGGUUGAAUCGCAACGUGUUUGUUAGUGUGUGUCACCGCAGUCGGGCUGUGUGUUCUCAUGAAACAGGCUGAUUUAAUGGGGCUGCCGUCAGCCCGUCUCACCGCCUCUGGACAGCUGGUCGCCGCGAUUCACGCUUGAAUUUAGACCCAUUAAAGACGACAUUGUGGAUAUGGAAUGGUGCAUGCCGCUGGGCCAAGUUUUCAGCCUCUGAAAAACACCGGAAUCAUGGACAGUCAUCCGCUGUGCACCAGACUCUGUCCACACGCUCUGGACAAAGAAGAUGGCGUUGAGAGGCAAGGUCCUGUCACUCUCAACCCUCGGCAUAUGAGGAAGGCAUUCAAAGUCAUGAAUGAGUUGCGCAGCCAAAGCUUGUUGUGUGAUGUGACCAUAGUGGCGGAAGAUGUAGAGAUUGCCGCUCACAGAGUGGUCCUGGCUGCUGGGAGCCCCUACUUCCAUGCUAUGUUCACAGGUGAGAUGGCAGAGAGCCGGGCAAAAAGAGUGAGGAUAAAGGAGAUGGACGGUUGGACUCUGGGGCUGCUGGUUGACUAUAUUUACACAGCAGAGAUACAGGUCACAGAGGAUAACGUGCAGGCAUUGCUCCCUGCCGCCGGCCUGCUCCAGCUUAACGAGGUGAAAAAGGCUUGUUGUGAGUUCCUGAGCUCUCAGCUUCACCCAUCCAACUGUCUGGGGAUACGAGCCUUCGCUGACUUACAUGCCUGCUCUCAGCUCCUCACACAGGCAAACACCUAUGCAGAGCAACAUUUCUCUGAGGUGGUUGGGAGUGAAGAGUUCCUCAAUUUGGGCAUGGAGCAAGUGUCCAGCCUCAUCGCCAGCGACAAGCUCACCAUCCCCACAGAGGAGAAGGUGUUUGAGGCGGUGAUAGCUUGGGUCAACCAUGAUAAAGAUGUCCGGCAGGAACACUUGGCUCACCUGAUGGAACAUGUCCGCCUGCCGCUUCUCUCCAGAGAAUACCUGGUGCAGCGGGUGGAGGAGGAGUCUCUGAUUAAGAAUAGCAGUGCGUGUAAAGACUACCUGAUCGAGGCCAUGAAGUACCACUUGCUGCCAGCUGACCAGAGAGCUCUGAUGAAAACUGCACGCACACGCAUGAGGACUCCAGCCUGCUGUCCUAAGGUGAUGGUUGUGGUUGGGGGCCAGGCUCCUAAGGCCAUCCGCAGUGUUGAAUGUUAUGACUUUGAGGAGCAGCGAUGGUACCAGGUGGCAGAGCUCCCGACCAGGAGGUGCAGAGCAGGUGUGGUGUACGUGGGUGGGUGUGUGUACGCAGUUGGUGGUUUCAACGGUUCUUUGCGUGUGCGGACCGUCGACUGUUACGACCCGACGAUGGACCGCUGGACGAGCAUGAGCAGCAUGCAAGACCGUCGAUCAACGCUCGGGGCUGCUGUGCUCAACGGACUCCUGUAUGCUGUGGGGGGCUUUGAUGGCAGCACAGGUCUGUCGACAAUUGAGGCGUACAACGCGAAGACAAACGAGUGGUUCCACGUGUUACCCAUGAGUACCCGGCGAAGCAGUGUAGGAGUGGGUGUUGUCAAUGGGAUCCUGUACGCAGUUGGAGGUUAUGAUGGUGCAACCAGACAAUGUCUGAGUACAGUAGAAGCUUACAACUCUAAAAGCAACACAUGGAGCUACAUCUCAGAGAUGGGGACGCGACGCAGUGGAGCAGGUGUUGGUGUGUUAAAAGGUUUACUGUAUGCUGUGGGGGGUCAUGACGGUCCAUUGGUGAGGAAGAGCUGUGAAGUUUAUGAUCCGGCCACAAACACCUGGCGGCAGGUAGCUGACAUGAACAUGUGUCGACGCAAUGCAGGUGUGUGUGCUGUAAACAACCUACUGUAUGUGGUAGGAGGAGACGACGGCAGCUGCAAUUUGGCCUCUGUGGAGUUCUACAAUCCAAACACGGACAAGUGGACACUACUGCAGUCCUGCAUGAGCACAGGACGCAGUUAUGCAGGUGUGACUGUGAUUGACAAGCCCUUAUGACUGCUCUUGAGACCUGCCGCUGAUUUGGAGCAGAAUGUAUUCUCCUGCUGAAUACUGAUCUUGGAUCUGUCUCUGAUGCCUAUGCUCCAUUGUUGGGCAGCAUUAGCACAGGCACUGACAAAGAUGAAGAAAAUGACAAGUUUUGUUGUUGAGGAUGAUGAUGAAGAUUUUUUGCACUUACCUGAAAGGGGGAGCUGUAACAAACGAGGGGAUCUAACCCGUGUUUAAAUCCCCUCCUGGCAGGACUGCCGCUAGCGACUGGACCAACCAGUUUAAAGCACCACUGCACGACUGCAGUGUCAUUGAAACGCUACUGAUAUGAAGCUACUAUAACUGCUAGUUAAUUUAACAUUAGUAAUGUUAACAUGAACCAGCUCUGAGAGAGACCACUGAUCUAAUCUAUGGGAGAGGAGCAGAAGGACCUGAAAUCUUUGUUUCUCCUUCGUUUUUAUCCUGAAAAGUGUGCGUGUGUGUGUGUGUGUGUGUGUGUGUGUGUGUGUGUGUGUGUGUGUGUGUGUGUGUGUGUGUGUGUGUGUGUGUGUGUGUGUGUGUGUGUGUGUGUGUGUGUGUGUGUGUGUGUGUGUGUGUGUGUGUGUACUUCGUGUGCACGCACAAUCUUGCGUUUAAAGGUGCACCUUUGCUUGCACAUGUGAGCACGUCUGUUUGUGUGCAUUUGAGUCUCCGUGUGGUGACGCCUGGUCUGAUGCCGUAGAAACGCACUCUGUCUGACCUUUUACAGUGUUGCAUUGUGGCUGUUCAAGAGUGCCUCUAUGUCAAAUUACACCUUGCUUUCCUUUUUCUUGCCCUUUCCUGUGCCUCGAGGACUGUUACUGGACAGAGCACAGCUGGACUCAGCAGCAGUUCUGGGGUACAUUCGAGAGCUGACUCUAGAUCGGUGGUGAUGUGUCGGUUGCAUUAGCCCGCAUGAAUUCAGAACAGCAACGUGAGAAGCAGCUGCAGAAAAUGUACGAUUCUUCUUCUAAAAAAAGACUUUAACUGGAGCACUACUUUUCUGGUAAAGGAGAAGAGUCAUUCAUGUUGCCAAAAACAGUGACAUACAGAGAGAGGAGCUGUUUACGAUGAAAAACAGUUGGAUGUAACAGUGCUUUACUGUCACCCGGCAGCCAUCUUUGCUGUGGUUGGAACCACUAAUGACAACAACAGCCUGAACUCACUGCAUGCUCCCCAAACUCUAACCUACUAUCUUUCAACAGUACCCUCUUCCUCCUUGGUGUAGCAACCUUAUUAACUACUGCUCACAUACUGACGUACUAUGAAUGUGCCAAUUUUAAAAUGUCUCUUCAUUUCUGUCUCUCUUUGCUACUUUACUAAUCUGUUCUCUUUUUCUGGAAAGGGACCAAACCUACUCUUGAUUUUCUGUUACUUCAGUAUCUU